AUGGCGAAUACGAAUGAACAAUCACCAUCUCAUGUGAGUCUUUCCAUUCCGUCGGAACAACCACCUCCGUCAACAUCGGAUAAUUUUCAAUUUAUGAGUGAUACAUUUACUUUACCACAAGAUGGUCAAGCAAGUUCAUCUUCACCGACACAAAGUUCGCAGGGAUAUGCUGGCAAAAGUGAUUUUGACAACCAAAUACGUCAUCGUGGUUGGCUUGGUGGCACUUUAGAUAAACAAGGCUAUGGAUGGUUGUUGGACACGACGAAUGAUGACGAUGAUCCUAAUUCGGAAGAAAAUCGACCACUCUUGGAAGAGCUGGAUAUUAAUAUUGGAGAAAUUCUCGCAAAACUACGCUGUGUAAUUUUACCAAUUCCUAGUCGAGCUCUGCAACGUGCUGCACUCUUACGUGAUAAUCCAGACUUUUGGGGACCAUUACUUGUUGUACUCUGUUUUGCUUUACUCUCAGUUUAUGGUCAAAUUCGUGUUGUCUCAUGGAUCAUUACUAUUUGGAUAUUCGGCUCUCUUGGAAUCUUUAUUCUGGCUCGCGUACUUGGUGGAGAGGUAUCAUAUUCUCAAAUUGUUGGUACUAUUGGUUAUUCCCUUCUUCCUCUACUCCUCGUUGCAUUUGUUAGUCCUGCGGUUAAAAAAGCACAUUUUUUCGCUGUUUUUCUAAAGUUCAUGGGUGUGGCAUGGUCGACGUAUUCAGCAGCGACAUUACUGUGCGUCGAGGAACUUCAACAAAAGAAAACUCUUCUACUCUAUCCAAUCUUUUUACUUUACAUAUACUUCCUCUCGCUUUACACUGGCGUUUAA